AGGAAAUACAUUUAGGCCAUUGCUGAGCAGCCAGGAAUUCCUUACUGGGGCCUAGUGAAUGAAUAAAGUAGAUGUGGCUAAAUUAAUGCCCCCAUGACAUUGAUAACUCUUGCUCUGCGAAACUGGCUCAUCAAGGUGAUUUGCAAGCUGCUGUGCCUUGUGGUGAAAUCAUGUUCAUCUCUGCCUUCCAAGCUGAUCGUCUUCAGGUCAACCUGCAACUGGUUGUCAAUCGCCUAAAACUCCUGGAAAAAAGGAAAACCGAGCAGGCCCAGAAAGCGAGGAAAGAGAUUGCUGACCAUCUGACUGCUGGGAAAGAUGAACGAGCUUGGAUCUGAGUGGAGCACAUUAUCCGAGAAGACUACCUUGUGGAGGCCAUGGAGAUCCUGGAGCUGUGUUGUGAUCUGCUGCUGGCUUGGUUUAGCUUGAUCCAAGCUCUUAAGGAACUGGAUUCUGGUCUCACCGAAUCUGUAUCUACACUAAUCUGGGCAGCUCCUUGCCUCCAGUCAGAAGUACCUGAUGAAAAAAUAGUAUCUAAUCAGCUGUAUGCAAAGUACAGCCAAGUAUAUGGCCAACUGUGCCGAACCAACGAGAUUGGAACUGUCAGCUCUCAGUUAAUGUGUAAAUUAAAUGUGAACGCUCUACCCCAGGUUCUAGUAGAACAGUACCUAAUAGAAAUUGCUAAGAACUAUAAUGUGCCAUAUAAAUCCAAGGCAACCAUUAUGGCUGAAGCCCUAACAGACUUGGUCAGUGUUGGAUUUCCUAAGGAUGUCAAGAAAGGCACCCGCGGCAGAAUAGGUGGGACUUCAGCAGGAACUGGUGAUCCCCUCAGGGCAUUGCCAUUGCGAACAUCUGCACUGGGGCCCUUUCCUAUGAGAUCCCCAGCCCCUUGUUUCUCAUGCCUUCCUCCUGAAAGUCCCCGCCCCCACCUGCCUCGCCUCGCCCACUUCCUCAGCUACCUUGAUAGCCCCGCCCUGCAGGUGGCCCGCCGCUUCCUGGUAGCCCAGCCUGCGCCUCCUUCGCAAGCGGAACCAAUGUUCGGAGUCUUCCACGGUCAAGCCGGACCUUUCUUUCUCAGACUCUUCGCAGCGGUGACUCGGCAGCAGCGUCUCGCGUCAUCAGUGACCGCCUUUAGCGGUGGUGAGGCCGAGGGAGCCGCCAUUUUGGAUGUUCGGUUCCUGCUGCCACUGCUGCCGCCGCCCCCGGAGCUGCUGGUUUCAUUCGAGGUUUCGGGCCGAGUCGGGACGAUUGGUUAUGUUUCCCUGUUCGGGUUUGAUGAAGGGAUCCAUGAAGCACUCGCUCAGAGUAUACUUCAGCAGUAA